CAAAGAAUUGUGAAUUACAUAUGUUCAGUGUCAUGCCUAUUUCCCAACAUGUGUCUCUCACAGGCAUAACCUAUGGAUCCUUUCAGAAUGACCAAAGCACUGUUAUUCCUUCCAAGGAACAUGAUCCCAACAUUUCAUCACCAAAAUCAAAUUUUUAGGCCUUUCUCUUCCCACAAAUUAGGUCCCAAAAGACCAAACAAAGACUUAACUAAUGCUCUAAGAAUCCUUAAACUCGUUUCCCCCCAAAAAAGUGUCACUGAUAUUGAAAAUCGUCGAAGUCAUCUUAGGUUAGUUGAGGACAUUCUAGACACCACUGCAACAAAUCCUCUUUGUGGUGGUAAUUCAGUUACUUUAAAAACUGUUAAUGAAUCCAUUAUUGAAUCAUAUGUUCUUGAGAUGGAACAAGGAUUGGGAAUUGAUGUGUGUUUUUUGUCUCAAGCUUUGAGUUCAUGUGGGUCAAAACGUGAUCUUUAUGGAGGUAUUCAAUAUCAUUGUUUUGCAAUAACAACUGGGUUCAUUGCUAAUGUUUAUGUUGGAAGUUCUUUGAUAAGUUUGUAUAGUAGAUGUGCUUUGUUGAGUGAUGCAUACCGCGUGUUCGAUGAAAUGUCUGAAAGAAAUGUGGUUUCGUGGACGGCGAUUAUUGCUGGGUUUGCGCAAGAAUGGCGUGUUGAUAUAUGUUUGGAGCUUUUUCAUGAGAUGAGGAGUGCAGAAUUGAAGCCAAAUUAUUUUACUUACACGAGUUUGCUUAGUGCUUGUAUGAGUAGUGGAGCACUUGGACAUGGGAGAGGUGCUCAUUGUCAAAUAAUUCAAAUGGGUUUUCAUUGUUAUCUUCAUGUUGACAAUGCUCUCAUUGCUAUGUAUUCCAAAUGUGGGGCAAUUGAUGAUGCUUUGUACGUAUUUGAAAACAUGGUGAGUAAGGAUGUUGUAACAUGGAAUUCUAUGAUUGUUGGGUAUGCACACCAUGGACUUGCACAAGAAGCAAUUGAUCUCUUUGAAGAGAUGAUAAAGCAAGGUGUUAAUCCAGAUGCUGUAACUUUCCUUGGCAUCUUAUCCUCGUGUCGGCAUGGAGGUUUUGUUAAAGAAGGACAAGUUUACUUCAGUUCCAUGGUUGAUCAUGGUUUGCAGCCAGAACUGGAUCAUUAUUCUUGUAUUGUAGACCUUCUUGGUCGGGCUGGUUUGCUUCUUGAGGCUCUUGAUUUCAUCCAAAACAUGCCUGUUUGUCCCAAUGCUGUGAUAUGGGGUUCCCUACUUUCUUCCUCUAGGCUUCAUGGAAGUGUUUGGAUUGGUAUCCAAGCAGCGGAGAGCAGGUUAUCAUUGGAACCAGGGUGCUCUGCGACACUUCUACAACUGGCAAAUCUGUAUGCAAGUGUUGGUUGGUGGAAUCAGGUAGCACGAGUACGGAAAUUGAUGAAAGACAAAGGACUAAAACCGAAUCCUGGUUGUAGUUGGAUUGAAGUAAAAAACAAAGUCCAUAGAUUUGAAGCACAAGAUAAGUCAAACAGAAGAAUGACUAACAUUCUUUUGAUAAUGGAUAGUCUGGUAGACCACAUGAGUGGUUUAAGCCUUCAGUUUCAGAUGUCUGAGGAGGAAAAUAUUUGGUUUUCACAAUGAAUUUCAAAUCAAUUUUGGUACUUUUGUAGCAUUUCCAAUUUUCCAGGCACAUUCGGCAGGGGCAGAAACAGAGGAUAUUCAUUUUUGUUUCAGUGGAACAUUAUUCAUUGAUAACAGGAAAUUCGAGAAGCAAUGCAAGCAAUACGGACUGUGUGAAAUUUUAUAUUUAUUAAAGUGUGCUAAAUGC